AUGCUUUUUACAAAACCGUGGUUUGAGUCUGCAGUACGCAUCAGAAAAGGACGACCUUUGGAACCGAAAAAGUGGUUCUACUUGGAACUGCUUCCUCUGUGCUCGAAAAAUGGGAUUACUGUUAAAAAGUACAAACCUGCAAGCACCGCUUGUACUGAGGAACUCAAUGCAUUUUUUGCUUGCCUGAGGAAGUGGGAGUUUGACGAUUUACGAUGUUCAACCACCUAUGACGCCUACAUGACAUGUAUCAACCGCGAGAAAAAAAGAUUUGAGGAGUUCAGAGCUAGUGUGAAAGAUGAUUCAUCUAGCACUGUGUCUGCUGGAGGUAGAGUACCCACAGGCCGACUUAAUAAAUUGCUCAAGCAGUACCCUCAACCUGACUUGGGCACUCCGCCUUACAAAAAUAUGAAACGUUUACCGAACCAGUCUUAUGCAGAUGACAUUUACCACAGAAAGAAGACCCCUGCGAAGAAAUCGUAG